UUGUUUAUAUUAAAUCUGGAUAAAUUUUUCUAACGCCGCCACUGGUCGCGAUUUUUUCAUUUAAGAUUAGAUAGUAUUUUUCGCACGUGAGAAAUAAAUGAAUCAGUUAAAUAACACUUCAGGUGAUGAUAAACGAUUUUUGAGUAUUCUAUUUAUUAUAAUAGCUGCAGAUAAAAAAAUUCGGGUUUGAAAAUCUUAACCUAAUCCAGCUGGUCUCGUGACACCAUGACAGUUGACAUUUCCCUUUGACACUUGUGACAGUUUUCCAGCAGGAACGUCAAACAUUUGACGUUCCUUGUGCCGUCUAAUUUGCGUAAAAUCCAUAGUUUCCCAUUUUCGUGUGUUAUUCUCCCUUUUAGCAUGCAAACCGAGUUUGUAAACGCGAUGUCAGUUCUCUGGAUGACUCACCCUUCCAAAUAAUUGCCAAGCCCUUGGAUAAUACGCGAUUAGUUGAACGUGCAAAUUAACAUUUACCAAUAAACACGUUGAUAACCGAUCGUUCUAUAAUUAUGUUUUCCUAAAAAGAACCCAUCACAUAUGCUGUAAACACCUGUUUUGGCUAACCUAUGUGAUGGGCGUAAACAGCAGCAAGAAACUUGCCGCCAAGUGUUCAUUCCUCUCGAAAGAUGAACAGCACAUCGUCAGUAGCUCGUUCCGGCUUGCCAGUCGCAACUCGGAGAAGAUCAAGGAGGAAGAGCUCACGAAAUUAUGGGGCUGUCAAAUGGACUCCCGGCUCCUGCAGUACAUCAAUAACUACCUUUUUGGAAUAGGGGAAAUGCGCACAAAUACUGUGGAGCUGGAGCGCUUCGCCGAAUUGUUCGUUUUUUGCACGAGGGGCACCGUUGACGAAAAGCUCAAAGUUUUGAUAAUAUCCCUAGGGCGUAGUGACUCUGAAAGCAAUGACAUACCGUAUAUUCUGGUCAAAGAGUACGUGGAAAGCAUCGUCGCCUCCUACAUGAAAAUCCAAAAACUGAGCAACACAAAACAGUUCAAAACCUGGUUUUCGCGCGGCUGUUUCACCUCAGCCCAGAACAUCCAAAGACUAGCCGAAAGUCUGACUCACGAUUUAGCGGCUGCGGAUAGCAUAACAAGAAGAGCACUGGAAGUAUGGUUGCAGGGCUCCACGGUAUUAGGCCAGUUGCUCCUUUUUGUUUUCAUGCAUUUAUAUAACAUUUCACAUAAAGAUAAAUCGCAAGUCGCGCUCGAGAAAACGAGCGACGAGGCUCACUGCUCCACUGAAAGAGAGAAAGAUAGAAGUUUGGUGCCAUUUUGUAGAGGGCUCGAUCUCAUUCCUUCCUACCCUAGUCUCCUAGAUUUGAAUCAGAUUGUAUUUAUAAACGCGAAUCUGCCGCAGCAGUACCAGCUCGAGUGGAGGUUCUUGUUCAGCUCAGAGAUACACGGCGAAUCUUUCUCCACACUUAUAGGUAGGAUCGUCAAUCAGGGACCGUCGGUUCUGGUGGUGGAGGACAGGAACGGGUACAUGUUCGGGGGCUUCGCCCCCGCCAACUGGGCUCUCGGGCCAAAUUUCUUCGGGGAUGAUAGUAGUUUUUUGUUUACGUUAGCGCCUCGAAUGAGGAUUUUCCCGUCGACGGGGUACAACCAGCACUUCCAGUACCUCAACUUGCACCAGCAGACGAUGCCCAACGGCUUGGCCAUGGGGGGGCAGCACGGCUACUGCGGUCUGUGGAUUGACAGCGAGUACGGCACGGGCCACUCGUCGGAAUCCUGCACUACCUACUCCGGCUACCAGCAGAUGUCCUACUCCAAGGACUUCAAUUUUAGGCAUUUGGAGGUGUGGGGGCUGGGUGCCCCUCCUCUUACUCCUCAGGAGAAGGGCGAACGCGUCAUGAGCGGCACUAGCAUCCUCGAUUCGAACACCGAGAACAAAGCCAUGCUGAAAAUGGCGGGACGAACAAUACACAGUGAAGGUAUCAGGGAGCCUUCGAAUUAAGAACGAUGUUCGUUUUUUCGUUGAAAUGCCUUAAACGGAUUUUUCCCAUUUGUCUGUACACGAGACGACAGCAUCUCUUUAAUCGAUCCUAUGAAAUAUUUUUAUAUGUGCCGUUGAUUCAAACGCCAGUUGCUCAACGCUGGUGUUCAGUGUGGAUUCUCGCUUUUACUACAUCACGUUGCAGUCACUUUUUUCGGUUUUUAUGAUUUGUUACUUUCGUCGCAACUAACAGCACGGUUUGAAGUAUUCAAAUACCUUUGUGUCGAAUUUUUUUUCGUAAACCGUAAAAGACUUAUGUGCCAAAGAUCUACUAGCACAACGUAGCAGCUUCACGUAUUUAUUAUUAUUUAUGUACACUUUUUUUUCACUUUAUUGUUAUGAGUAUAGAUAGUUUAAUAUUUGUUAUUUAUGUGUCUUACAUGUGAUUAUCGAUUUUUAAGACAUGUACAGUAAAAUUUGUCAAAUUAAACAAGUCCAUAACAACAGA